CAGGGGUGGGGGGACAGACAGCCUGAGAGACAGCGGCAGUGUGCGGCAGGACGGGCUCUGCACUCUGUGAUGUGCAGUAAAUGGGAUUAAACCGCUCAGACAGCGCUUGGAAACACUGGCAGCAGCGGCGGCGGCAGUAGUAGUAGUAGUAGUGGAGAGUAGGGGGAGCUCCGCGCCGAGCUUCGCCGCAUGUGCUCGUCCGUGUGCGCCUGGAAAACUUGCGCUGGGUCGGUCCGCAGGAGAGAAAGAAGAAAAACAACCGAAAGAAGAGGGACACCGACUAUAGCUGCAGCCGCACAUUAAACCCUGCUUCAGGUUUGACCUCCGGGGACUCGCAGUCGCAGCAACCCAAACCGACCUCUGCCUCCCCUCUCACAUGCCUGCGUUGAUGUGGGAGAGAGGGAGGGGAGCGGAGCCGGGGGAUGUUUGAAUUACCUCGCUAAACUUGCAGAAAUACUACAAGAGAAAUAAAAAGUUGCGUUUGUUUUUUGUUUUUUUUGUGGGAAUUAAAGGACAUAGUGGGUGUCAUGGACAACCAAGCGGGCGAGCAGUUCAGCUGCGAGGACGUGCGGAAGAGCGGCUACCUCCGCAAGCAGAAGUCCAUGCACCGGCGGUACUUCGUGCUCCGCGCCGCCUCGGAGCGCGGCCCGGCCCGCCUGGAGUACUACGAGAGCGAGAAGAAAUUCCGCGGCAAGGCCCCCGUCCCGAAGAAAGCGGUGGCGCUGGAGACCUGCUUCAACAUCAACAAGCGGGCCGACUCCAAGAACAAGCACAUGAUCGUGCUCUACACCCGGGCCGAGAGUUUCGCCAUCGCCGCGGAGAACGAGGCGGACCAGGACGAGUGGUACCAGGCCAUGGUGGACCUGCAGUGCAAAAGUAAGAACCCCACUGACAGCGGGGCUGCGGGGGACUACGGCGUUCCCAAUCCAGGGCCGGCGUUCAAAGAGGUGUGGCAGGUGAAGGUGUGGCCCAAAGGCCUGGGUCAGGCCAAGAACUUGGUUGGCAUCUACCGGCUUUGUCUGACUGACAAGACGGUCAACUUUGUCAAGCUCAACUCUGAUGCCGCUGCCGUGGUGCUGCAGCUGAUGAAUGUCCGACGCUGCGGCCAUUCAGAAAACUUCUUCUUCGUGGAGGUGGGACGCUCUGCCGUGACAGGCCCGGGCGAGUUCUGGAUGCAGGUGGAUGAUUCAGUGGUGGCCCAGAACAUGCAUGAAACCUUACUCGAGGCCAUGAAGGCACUGAGCGAGGAGUUUCGCCAACGCAGCAAAUCUCAGUCGAACUCCGGCCCUGGGGGAGGUGCUACUGCCUCUAAUCCCAUCAGCGUUCCCUCGCGCCGCCACCACCCAAACCCUCCUCCCAGCCAGGUGGGCUUCACCCGCCGUCCCCGAACUGAACCUCCUGGAGGCUCUAACGGUGCAGCAGGAGGCAGCAGUGCCAAUGCUUCUCCCACCCCGCGGCAUAGCUUCCCAAGGUCUCGCACUGCCAGUGAUGGGGGGAAAGGUGACGAUGGGAUAGCAGGGACCACACCGCUCCAAGGGCCGAGCUCCAGCCCCUCCACCAAUGGCUCCUGCUCCACCACCCCAAUCCUCAGGUCAAAGUCAGUCCGUUCCGCCCCCACCACAGCUGCUAAAACUCCCCUUGGGUUGAUGCGCUCCAUCUCCACCCCAGCGCCUUCCCCAGCCCCAAGCCUCUCCUCUAGCUCUGGGCAUGGCUCUGAGUUUGGAGGUGUAACAUCUUCCACUGGUGCUGGUCCGGGGUCUGGUGCCUACAGUCGUGUCCCCGCGCAUCGCGCCUCUGUCUCAGGCUCUCCCAGUGACUACGGCUCUUCAGACGAGUAUGGCUCUAGUCCUGGGGAUCACACGCUCCUUCCAUCCCCAAGCCUCCCUGGAAGCUCUGUUGGUAGCGUCAGCAGCCAGUCUCUUGGCGAUGAGGGGGCCAACUACAUCCUGAUGGGCCAGCGCAGUAGUAGUGGUGGUGGCAGUAAUCAGGGAAGCUUGACGUCCAGCUCCCUGCCUGCACCAGGAACACCAGCCUGCGGCUCCCAGCCCCAGACCAGGAGAGUGCUGCGCCGCUCCUCCAGCCGUGAAUGUGAAGCUGAACGUAGGCUGCUGAGCAAGCGGGCCUCUUUACCUCCUAUGACCCUGGAGAGACUGGCCCCACGCCAGCGUAGAGCUGAGGAACCGGCAGAUGAAGAUUCAGCUGAUUACGCGAUCAUGUCCAGGAGCACCAGCCGCGAGUCCUUUACUUCCAUCUCCUCUUCCAUGCAGAGGGAAUCUGUCAUGGGUGCUGGGUCAGCAGGAGGAGGAGGAGGAUACUUGGAUGUGGCAGGGGAGUUCAAAAGUGAAGGGAGUGGAGGGGCGGGUGGUAGUGUAGAUUUAGGUGUGGACAAUGGGUAUAUGUCCAUGCUGCCUGGCGUCACUCAGCCUCCAGUAUCCCUGUCCCAGUCAUUGGCUGUCUCUGUCCCAGACUCAGAUUCUAAACCUACUGAUGAUUACAUGGCCAUGACCCCCAACAACAGCGUGUCCCCUCCACAGCAGAUCCGGCCACCGCCAACUUCUGACGGCUAUAUGAUAAUGUCCCCCAAUAGCAGCUGCUCCCCUGACCAGCGUGGGGGUCUCUCUGGAGGGGCUUGGGUGGGCAGUGGCAGUGCAGACAGCAGGGCAGGAAGUGACUAUAUGAACAUGUCCCCAAUCAGCGCACGUUCUGUAAAUGGCAGCCCCCCACCUCCUGACCACACCGGUCAUUUGGAGACCAGCUCCCAACAGCAAGCCCCCAAGAUGGUGUAUUCUUACUACUCCCUUCCCCGGUCAUACAAACAUAACCCCUCUGCUGGACACUUUGACGAUGGGCCCGGGCGAGGCAGAAGGCCCAAUGGGAAUUGUAGUAGGGGAAUGGGUGGAGGUAGGACUAUGGGAGGGCGUCAGGAGCAGCAAGCAGCAGGAAACUCAGUGGUUGGACGCCACCUGUCACUCUCCUCUUCCUCAUACUCCUCCAGCUCGGCCAGCAGUGAGAGCCUUGGGGAGAGCGAGGAGCGGGCUACCCAGGCAGUGAGCACCACAGCUGGGGGAGCUAAGUCCAAAGAUGGGAGUAAGCUCCAGCAGAGACGGGGCUCUGCAGGGUUGUCCAAGCAAGGUAGCCAUAGUAGAAGCAGACCAGUGAGCCUGUUUGUUGAUGUAUCCAAGGCUAAUACCCUUCCCAGAGUCCGUGAGAACCCGCUGCCCCCAGAACCUAAGAGUCCUGGGGAGUACGUAAGCAUUGAGUUUAAAGGGGAGAAGUGCAGCCAGACUAUGGUUGGAGGAGGGCGUGGCAGGGGUCUCAGGCAUGGCUUAUCACUGCCUCAUUGCUCAAGCAGCCAGCAUCCUCAACACAGGCCAACUUCUUGCUUAGGUAACUUUGUCCCUCUCUCCCGUAGCCCCUCUGCCCCCAUCACUCCCCCAGCUGCCUCCGAGUAUGUCAACAUGGACCUGGGCCCUUCUCCUUCACCCUCACCACUCUCUCUUACCCCACUAGUUUUCCCAUCUUUCCACACCCCUCCCACGCCUCCAACUCUUGCUCAUGCCCCUAAAGCCUGUGAUGAGGGUACUACUGGCCCUCGUGAAGAGGGGGCCGAAGUGGCUAAUGCCCCACUUAGGAAAAGCAGAGAAAGUGCUCCAUCGGUGACUGAGUCCGAGUCUCCUACGUCCUGUGGAGACUACACAGAGAUGGCCUUCAGCUUGAAUAACAACACCGUCCCUAGGUCAUCAUCCAGUGUCUCCCCCAAAGCCCCUUCCCCCACCAGGACUGAUCCUUCUGUUCCAGUACUGUCACGAGGUCUAGACUUUCCCCUUGCCAAACCAGGACUCAACCCAGACCACGGGGCUAAAGUUAUCCGGGCCGACCCUCAAGGACGCAGACGGCAUUGCUCGGAAACCUUCCUGGCCUCGCCUUCCCUCCCCACCUCUAACUCUACUUCCUCUUCCUCCACUGCCUCCCUAUUUCCAGAACAUGCCCAAGCUGUGGCCCGCCGGCUGGGCUUUGAAAACAUGUUGUGGGGGAAUGGUGCUGUGACUGAUACCCCCACUCAGUGCCCCCUCCCUGGACAGCAGUCCCUUCCCUCAAACACUCAGACUUCCUCCACAGAGCAAGGUCUUAACUACAUUGACUUGGACUUGGUCAACAAAGAGAGUCCUCAUUUGGGGCUGGAUGGACCCUCAGGUAGCCAGGCCCCUUCUCGCCUCUUCUCCGUACUGGGUGGAGGUUCUGGGAUUGGGGGAGUGGGCGCAGCAGUCAGCAGCAGCAGCAGCUCCAGCCUCAACACUUACGCCAGCAUCGACUUCUACAAAUCAGAGGAGCUGCGGACACAUCAGAACGGAAGCAAGGAGGGAACAGAGUGCUGAUGUCAGUGCGUCGUCCUUUGGGAAACUGAAUCUGAAUCUGGUACCGCUCAGAGCGCUUCAAAGCCCCGCCUGUUCCUUUUGUGACAACCAAUCACAUCAAGAGAGCAGCUGCAUCGGACACGCCCCUGAAGCACUUUCACAGAGACUGAUGGAAAAUGGUUCUUUCCUUUUUUUUUUUUCUUUUUCUUUUUUUUUCUUCCACUUUCAUCUUGUUGGUUGUGGAAACCAACGGGGAUGUGUGCCAAAUGACAUUCUUGAAAAGAUAUUUGCUGCUCUCAUUCCUUGAGUGAAAGCCAAUCAGAGAAGGGUACAAAAAAUGGAGAAUGGUGUUUCUUUUUUGUUUUCUUCCAAGUGAAAAACUCUAAUCAUAAAGAGUACAAUGGUGGCUGACUUUUAAGUGUAUGAAAAAGAAAAUAUAUAGAACUAUAUAUCUGCUCAAAAAGUGCCUCAUUUUCAGACUGUAGCUGUUUUACAAAGAACUUCAACUUAGCCUCGACUAACUGAAGCUUUGGGUUCUUUUUUUUCGUGCUUAAUUUGAUGUAGUUACAAAAAAAAUGCAGCAGAGGAUAUUGAUAAAUGUGGGUAGCACUGGUGUGAGCUUUUGCCGCGUUCAGGUCAUAUCAGAUGGACGGCAGAGAUUGGACAGAGUGCUGUGCUAACGACUUGCAAGCGACGAGUUGGUCGUGCGAGGGUUAUGCAUGGUCAGUAUAACACUAGCCAUUAAAUUUGGGUUUAUUUAACUUGAAUGAAGGACUUUGGCUGAUGUGAGGUAUCUCUUUUCUAGAUUAUAGGUACUUCUAAGUGCCUGUAAAAUCUUAAAUUUCCCCAUUAACAAUUGAAACUUACAAGUUGAUGCAAAUGAUAUCAUGAUAAACGAUAAAUCUGUUAUGACAUGAACGCGGCAUUUUUGCUAACUUAAAUGAUGAUAAUGGUACUAGCAAUCUGCUGGCCUUCUUGUCUACUGUGAGAAAUAUUAGCAUAGCUGCUGUUGACUUACUGCUCGUUAUAACUUGCGGAUGUCGCUUUUAUUCUGUCAAUUUCCCUUUUCUUUCCCUCCUAACUUUUAAACAGAGCCAUACACCGAAAGUAUUAAACACACAAGCCUGAAACAAAAGGCACUUACAGCAGGGGAUACAGUAGCUUGCUAGCUAGCUAAAGCCGGCUAGGUCAGAUUAACAUAUUAGCAUUAUGCCAGGACGUAAAUUCACUGUCCUGCUGACCACAGCUCAGGAUGAGACCCCUGAUAUAGAGCCAAGCAAUCCCAUUAGUGCUAUUAGCUCCAGACACUCACUUAAUCCCCUUCAUCUCAGGAUGCUAAAUAACAUAUGGUACAUACAGCUAAGGAUAGAGACCCUAUCAAUAGCCAUGCUAAUGCUAGCUUUGUAGCGGUCAGCACACUGCUUCUAGCGCUGGAAAGGGGGUCAGUUGUUAUUUCAAUUCUGUCAGUAUGAAAACUGCUAAUUUGUCCUCACUUAUUUUAUACAUUAAGGUACCGAACAUUUUAAGAGGAAAGUUUUUACACUUUUUGAUUUUUAAACUGGUUGAAUUGAAAGUGCUUUGACCCUAAAUCCUUAUUUAAGACUCUCUGUUUCUAUCUCCUUCCCUCCCUCCUCUAUCUCUUUUGCUUAGCUCUUACUUUAAUCUCCGCUAUGCAUCAGCACUUAAGUGCCUGUCUGUCCUAUUUGCCUGUCUGUCUCUCUGCCCCGUCUUAGCAGCUAGCACUAAUAGGGCUGUCCUAGCAGAAUAUAUCAAGUCUAUUUUUGUCUCUAUUUUUGUCUCUAUUUUUGUCUCUUUUGGCUGUACAGUGAAAUUACUUGUUCCUGUUUGUUCGGUGUGACAAUGAUCUAUCAGAUGACUUGACUGACAGCCAUGGCCCUAAUCGGAGGAGUUUUGGACUGUUUCACUUUGUCGGUAACAGAGGACUUUAUCAUUGCAGGGCCUUCAGUGCCAAAUCACAACAACAAGAAAAAAAAAAAAAGGACUAAGCUGUUGUCCUCUCCGACAGCACCUCAAGAAGCAACCUUUUAGCUCUCAAGUCCGGACGUAUUGCUUUGUUUUGUUUUAAUUAUGUAACCUUUUGUGUUCCGCCGUUGUUUUCUUUUGCAGCGGGGGGAGGAACUGUGACAUAUCUCGCCUCGCAGUCUGCUGAUGUGACUCUUGGAGAUAAAGGUCAUUGUGAAGACUUGCGUAUGCUUUAACCUUGAAUUUUCCUCUGACUUUGAUCCGAGCAUUAUGAAGAAAUGCAUGAAGAGAAAGAAAAGGCCACCAUGAAAAACAGCAACAACAAAAUGUCUAAAUGUCUGAAUACAUGUGCAUCUACGUAGCUCCAGAUUGUACUCAUGUGUUUGCCUGCCUGCCGGCCUGCUUUGGGAAGUUCAUGAACUUUCUCACUCUGGUCACAUGACUGUCGGGGGGCCUAGAGCAUAACAAUGCAGCUUUAUUACGAGCAGAUUGGGAUCUGUGGUUGGAAUUGCCCCUAAUAGCAGUUAGAAAUGCAGAAGUGGAAAAAAAACAACAAUUGGACUUCAAACCAUGUUCACCACAUAAAGCCAAAACGUUUGCUUUCAAGCAGGCAAACACAUGAUGACGAGUUGAAAUGUUUCUAAUGUAUUUUGGAGAUGUUCUUGUAUUGAGACUGAGCAGUUUUCCGCCAAAGCAGAUAUGCUUGAAGGUACUUGUAGUUUAGAAAGAAAGCGCACAGACUUGCUUUCAGUCCUGACUAGCAGACAUUAUUAUCCUGCCAUUUAGAGCUCCCUUCCAGCCCUGAGCGUCUCAUGAACUUUUCAGUGAACCACGUUUUUACUGUCAAACUGCCUACAGUCUGGAAAUUUUCUUUUUUGCAUUGACUGCCCGUAGCGAGGUUCUCGAUAGUCACAGCCACAUAUCGUGAAUAAAGUUCCUUCGGGAGAGCUCAGACGAAUGGGGGUUCAACAGUUUAAGUGGCUGCAUGAUUUCAUUCAUUGCGUUGUUGAGUGUAGAGAUAUUCAUAAAAUGUGCAGGAAAAGUGCUGCUGCUGAUCUAAAUUGUUUUAUCCCUUCCUCCUGUUCCCCUGAGGGAUGGUACUGAAUGGGAAUAUUGUGAGAUUUGCCAUUGAUGUAGGCAGUUUUACUUCUGUUGCUUGAGAAAAAAAAAAAUCUGACUAAAAGGAAAAAAGUCAAACAACAAAAGGACUUGUGGUUUCUUUUGUUUCUGUGACCGGCUGCUAAGUUUCCUUUUGAGUGAUGUAAUAGGGACAAUUGUUCAAAAGUGACAGGCCUAAGACACAAAAACAACAGUGCUACUGAUCUACGGGGGGGAGAAGAAGAGUGGAAGACGCUACAAUUUACUGGCUGAGGCAAGUGUGAACAUCUGCAUGAAAUGCCACAGACACAGGCCGGCUCAUGCCCCUCACACACUCCCCGCCUUUGACUCACACACAGUCGCUCGUAGAGGCUGCGACCA